AUGACCGCCCACCUUCUGCUUUAUAUCUUGGUGUCCAUUUUGGUCACCAUAUCCUACAGUCCUCCAAAAAUAAACGUCCACUAUAUUGCCUCUGGGAUUUCUGCUAACUCUGGGUUGGCCUCCCACCCACGUGGCCCUUUCUGGAACCUUCGUCUGGAGGACAGUGCACUGUGGAACCAGUUGCAGCAUUCUUGGGACCGCCAGCACAACCCAGUACUGCGAGGAAACAAAACGGGGAUCAUGAGCGCUAAGCUAUUAGCAGAAAACGAAGAUGAAUGUGUUUCUGACUGCAUGUCACACAAGUGUUCUGUUCCUCGUAUGCACAAUUUCAACAGUUUCCCAGAACAAAUGAGGGUGUUUGUACAGUCAAUGCACUGCAGGGAGUAUCCUCUCCUUAUCAAUCAACCUGGUAUCUGUAGGAACAACGAUAGCAGCUUUGGACCAAUGCUUCUCAUGGCCAUCAAAUCUCAAGUGGGGAACUUUGAAAACAGGCAGGCCAUCCGGGAAACCUGGGGACGCAGUGGUCUGGUCAAAGGGGAAUCAACGGAGAAGGGCGGAUUGGUGCGCACAGUGUUUCUGUUGGCAAGGCAGAACUUGAGUACAGGUCCUCACCCAGACCUCAGAAACCUCCUGGAACUUGAAAACCAGAAAUAUGGAGAUAUCCUACAGUGGGAUUUCAAAGACACGUUCUUUAACUUGACCCUAAAGGAUUUGCUGUUCUGGCAAUGGCUCCAGCAACACUGCCGCAGUGCCAUGUUCGUGUUCAAAGGGGACGAUGAUGUCUUUGUUCGAACAGGCGCUCUUCUGGAUUACCUGCACAAGCAGUGGGAGGAGCACAACCUGUGGAAAGCAUAUACAAAUGAGACUGAAAUGAAUUUGUUUGUUGGGGAGGUGAUCAAUUACGCGAUGCCAAACCGUGAGCCAUCCACUAAGUACUACAUACCAGAAAGUUUCUACAAAGGUGUAUACCCACCGUACGCCGGUGGGGGAGGGGUGGUGUAUUCUGUCUCUCUAGCAUUAAGAUUGAACGAGGUUUCUAAGAGGGUGCGCCUUUUCCCAAUAGACGAUGUGUAUCUGGGCAUGUGCAUGUACAGACUCGGCCUUUUGCCAAGCCAUCACCCGGGAUUUUUGACAUUCGACCUCCCUCAUAACGACAGGUGGAAUCCCUGCGCUUACAGAUCUGUUCUGCUCGUCCACAGACGGAGUCCCAAAGACAUGCUGACACUAUGGAAGAAGCUCCAGAGACAUCCAGUUCGUUGCUGA